CAGGUGCACAAAUCGUGGUUGCCACGGCAACGGUAACCUCGCCCCUCAUGGCCACCAUUGCCGCCACACUGCCGGAGAUGGAGUUUGUGGCCACCCCGAAUGUCCACAAAGCCGACUCAAACGUCACGCACGAGUUCAUUCGGCUCAGGGGCCAUGACGAUACCAAGCAAGAGGCGCUCAAAGCCCAGUUGUUCGGUCAAACGGGCAGUGUGAUUGUCUUCUGCAACACAUACCGUACGUGUGACUGGGUGUCCAGCAUGCUUAACGAAGCAGGCAAGAUGAACUACAAGAUGCACGGGUGCCAGGACUCGAAGGUCAGAACUACGGCCAUUGACGAGUUCCAGAAGCAAAAGAAAGGAAUCCUGGUGUGCACGGAUAUUGCUAGCCGAGGCAUCGACACGCGAAAUGUCAACAAGGUCAUCAUGUUCGAUUUCCCAACCUCGGUGGCGGACUACCUACAUCGUGCAGGGCGUACGGGUCGCCUAGGCAGCAAGGGCACAGUUGUGUCGCUGUAUUCGACUAAGAACGCCGAGCAUGUGUAUAGGAUAGAGAAUGCUGUUAAGCACGACAAAACUCUGAGUGGACUAUUUAAGAAACUGACACAGUCAGAGCGACCCAAGACAAGGAGGCCGGAGACUGCACACAGUGCUUUCCAAGUGGACGGAGCAGCGAGAUUCGAUGAUUCGGUGUUGAAUCCGAAGGACGAUAUAACUGAUAUACCACUAGAGGAUGAAUUUGACGAGUCUACAAAUAGCACCAUCUGGGUGUAGCGAGCAUAGUAUAUGUAGUAUACAUGGUAAACCAACCAUAAAGCAUCUUAUAGUAAACCAG